CAUCCACCAACAUAUUGAUCACAUCAGGCAAGAGGAUCCAGUUGAACAGCGAUGAAUUACUCUAUAAAUGAAAGCCAAUAUGACACUGACUAUGAAGAUGAAAUCUGCGAAAAAGGCGAGGUGGUCAAAUUUGGAUCCAUUGUCAUUCCUAUGUUCUUCUCCAUUGUGAUCAUACUGAGUCUCACAGGAAACAUCCUCGUCCUUGUCAUCCUGGCUUUGUUCGAAAACCUCAAGUCUCUCACCAACAUUUUCAUCCUAAACCUGGCCAUCUCUGACCUCGUCUUCACCAUCGGCCUCCCCUUCUGGGGAAUUUACCACAUCUGGGGAUGGUUGUUCUCAGAGGCGCUCUGCAAAAUAGUGACUUUUGUCUUCUUCACUGGGUUUUACAGCAGCGUCCUCUUCCUGACCAUCAUGACCGUCUACAGGUAUCUGGCUGUGGUUCACCCUCUGUCUGACCUGAGCACACCGAAACUCAGCACUGGAAUUUAUGUGUCUUUCCUGCUGUGGAUAAUCAGCAUUGGAGCAGCCAUGCCCUCCCUCCUCCACAUCUCCCUCGUCUCCAUCCCCCACAAAGGUACGCACUCCCUGGGCUGCGAAUAUGAUGCUAUCCUGUGGAAAAACAUUAGUAUCUUCCAACAGAAUAGCUUCUUUUUGGUCGCUUUUGUAGUGAUGGCUUUCUGCUACAUUCGA